AGUGACAUUUUUUUAAUAGCUUCACGUAGUGAUUUGAUGGAGUGGAGCAGUUGAGGGUCCAGAGAACUUCCCACUAACAAACCCCAUUUUUCAAAUCUCUCCUCUCGGCGUCUUUAUUCGCUGCCGCUCUGUUUUUGCCCUCGAUUUUUGUUCCAUUUCGGAUGUGACAUUUAUAAUUGCUUUGCCUCCAACACCCCAUUUUUGUUUUCCCCUUUUUUUCUUUUUUUUUUUUUUCUCUCGUGCGAAUCGAUGGAGCGGCAAAGAAGCUUCGCCGUUAAACCCACUAGAUUCUUGGUUUUCACUUUCACAAUCUCUUCGUUUAUCAUCUUCCUUUCAUUUAUUUCCCUUUGGAUCGUCAAGAAUUCCCCUGCUCGCCCUGAGAGUUUUUUGUUCUUCAACAGAACCCCAGUUGCUGUGAGCUUCUUCAGACCCGUGAAUCUCCAGACGGUCAACAGUUUCGGGAGGAAUUUCUCAAGAACUGAUGCGAAUAAUACGCAUUUGGUCGAUACCCAUUUCAGGAAAUCUGAAAAUCUUUCUGCCCACUUGAAGAAUCCUGAAAAUAUUACUGGGUAUGGUGGGAUUUCGAUUCCCGGCGAGCAGAGGAAUGAGAACGCCGCGGAAGAAGGGAAGAAAGACGGUGGCGAUGAUGGAAAUACCACCGCAAUCCGGCCAAGCGACGGUGAGACUUCGAUUAAGGAAGUUGAAGUGCAAUUGCCCAUCAGCGAGAUGAUUGAUAAGAAAGUUCCAUUGGAGAAAUUAGAAUCCCCAAAAAAGAUAGUGAGAAAAGAAUCUCAUCGGUGUGAUUUAUCAAAGGGGAAGUGGGUUUUUGAUGAGAGCAACCCACUGUACUCGAAUGGUUCGUGUCCUUUCAUUGAUGAAGGUUUUGAUUGCGAGGGCAAUGGCAGAUUGGAUUUGAACUACAAGAAAUUCAAAUGGCAACCCCAAGAUUGUGGCGAUUACAGAUUUAACGCAACAAAAAUGCUGGAACUGAUAAGAGGGAAGAGGAUUGUUUUUGUGGGAGAUUCAAUCAACAGAAACCAAUGGGAAUCUAUGCUGUGUAUGUUGUUUAGUGCUAUUAAAGAUCCAAGGAAGGUCUAUGAAACUCAUGGCCGAAGGAUCACCAAGAAGAAAGGGAAUUAUAGCUUUAAGUUUGUGGAUUACAAGUGUACUGUGGAGUUCUAUGUGUCACAUUUUCUUGUUCAUGAGGACAAGGCAAGGUUGGGACGGCGACGCAUACAGACGCUGCGAAUCGAUACCAUCGAUCGGGGCUCGUCCAGAUGGCGGGGUGCUGAUGUUUUGAUUUUCAACUCUGCUCAUUGGUGGUCUCAUUACAAAACAAAAUCUGGGAUCAAUUACUACCAAGAAAGAGACCAAGUUCUUCCUCGACUCAAUGUAAAUAUCGCUUUCAGACGAGCUUUGACGACUUGGGGAGCAUGGGUCGAUAAGUACAUAAAUUCAAACAAAACCCGAGUUUUCUUUCGAAGUUCAGCACCGUCCCAUUUCAGGGGAGGGCAGUGGAAUUCAGGUGGGCAUUGCAGAGAAGCAACAGAGCCUCUAAAUGUGACAUCAUCAAACUUGGGUUACCCAGAGAAGAAUGUGAUUGUAGAAGAUGUGAUAAGUCAGAUGAAAACUCGAGUUACGUUGUUGAACGUAACUGGUUUAUCGGAUUAUCGGAUCGACGGGCACCCGUCCAUGUACGGGAAAUCGUUUGUAAAUAGGCAGGGUUCAAGAGGAGGUGAAGAUUGCAGCCAUUGGUGCCUGCCUGGUGUUCCUGAUACAUGGAAUGAGUUGUUGUAUUUCCAUUUGAACUAUAAAGAAAUGGUGAAAUGAAUUCUUUUUGUAAGGUUUGUGUAUCA